GAAAAUCGAGUGCUACAUCACUUCCUUCGAAGCUUGGCGUUUGGUCAGUGGGGACCCACGCGGGUUCAACAUGAGUAUCGAGAAUUGUUAUUUCUGUUCCGGGCCCAUCUACCCUGGCCACGGCAUGAUGUUCGUACGCAACGAUUGCAAGGUGUUCAGAUUUUGUAAAUCUAAAUGUCAUAAAAACUUUAAAAAGAAGCGCAAUCCUCGCAAAGUUAGGUGGACCAAAGCAUUCCGGAAAGCAGCUGGUAAAGAGCUUACAGUGGAUAAUUCAUUUGAAUUUGAAAAGCGUAGAAAUGAACCUAUCAAAUACCAGCGAGAACUAUGGAAUAAAACUAUUGAUGCAAUGAAGAGAGUUGAAGAGAUCAAACAGAAACGCCAAGCUAAAUUUAUAAUGAACAGACUGAAGAAAAAUAAAGAGCUACAGAAAGCUCAGGAUAUCAAAGGAGUCAAGCAAAACAUCCAUCUUAUCCGAGCCCCUCUUGCAGGCAAAGGGAAGCAUUUGGAAGAGAAAAUGGUACAGCAGUUGUAAGAGGAUGUGGAUAUGGAAGACGCUUCUUAAAAAUCUCUGUAACCAUUUCUUUUAUGUGCGUUUGAAAAUGCCCUUUGGAAACUUGGAACUGCUAAAUUAUUAGUUUAUUUUUUAUAUAAGGUUACUUAAAUGAAAAGUGAUUAAAAUAUAUCUUUUCUACAUUGCCAUCUAUAAAACAUCAGAUAUUACUGAUGUUACAUUGCAUCUCAGUGUUAAAUCUUCACUGACAGAUGUACUUACAUAAAUCAUGAAAAUUCUGCUUAUAACUAUAGAAGUGAAUUGUGGAUGUAAAAUGCUUAUUCCAUUUGAAUAAUGGCACAGGACAGCCUUUGUAUAAUAAAGAAUGGCAAAAAUUCAUGGUUAGCGAUGUAGAAAAUAAAAUAUUAUUUGCAGUAAAAUAUUCCCUUUAUUAAUGUUAUAGAAGGGGGGAUACGACAAGGAAAUAACAAUUUGUAUGACAGUAUCAAAUACUAUUUUGAUUUUAAUAUUUCCUGUUUUGGUUUAUUUGCAUCUCAGAAGAGCAUAAUGAUAUUGUUUGAUGAAGCCUAAUUGUGCUGGACUGUUUCGACCUGGUUUAACCCUUCCAAUAGGCAGUUUUGGAUGU